AUGACCUCUCACUCCGAGGGCAUGGCCAUCCUGGUCACCCCGAAUGGCCGGGUCCAGGCCAUCCCGUACGCCUCUCUUCAGGACUAUCUCGGCCCCAACCCGGCGACCAUCGCCAAGUGGAGCGGCGCCUCGAUCACGGCAUUCGGGUCGAGCCCCUCGGUGGCCAUGCGCCAUGAGCCUCACUCGGCCGAGAAUUUCACCCUCCCCUCGCCGUACGGCGCCACCGCCCUGCGGGGGAACAUCGUCUUCCGGCGGAUGACUCCCAAGGAGCCGGAGCUGACGGUCGAGAGCCUGAAGAAGUUCGCGCUCAGCCGCGCCGCCACCUGGAACUUGAAGGAGAUCGCCGACCCGGCGGAUCGGACGUACGCGGUUUUCGAGUCGGUUGACACCAAGGCCGGCCUGGCGGAGGUCUUCGACAACAUUGAGGCCGGCUUGCGCCGGCAGGCUGCCGCGCUGGCGAAGGCCAACGCGGCGGCGGCGGCGGCGGUCGCCGCUGCGGAGAGCAGCUCCUCGGAUUCUUCCUCGUCGGAAUCCGACUCCUCCUCCUCGGACUCGGACUCGGCUUCGGGCAGCGAUGCCGACAGCGACGCCGACAGCGACGCCGACAGCGACGCCGACAGUGAUGCCGACAGCGACGACGAGGACAUGUUCGCCGCGUACCAGGCCAAGCCCAAGGCCAAGGACAAGAAGUCGGCCCUGCUGGCGUCUCUCACUCAGGCCUCCAGCGCCAAGGCCCCGGGGGCCGGCGCCGCGCCUGUCGCCGGCGGCCGGCCGGCCGGCAAGGCCAUCGGCUCAGCCAGUGACAUCUACUCGGCCGCGGGUGCGGACACGGCCAGCGAUUCGGAGUCCGAGGCGUCGGAUGCCGGGCCUGCCGCCGGGGUGGUGUCCAUGGAUGUGGACAGCUCCGACGAGGAGGUCGACGAGAAGGCCGCCAAGAAGGCUGCCAAGGCCGCGAAGAAGGAGGCCGAGAAGGCGGCCAAGGAGGCGGCGAAGGCUGAAAAGAAGUCCAAGAAGGACAAGGAGUCCAAGAAGGACAAGAAGGACAAGGAGUCCAAGGAGUCCAAGAAGGACAAGGAGUCCAAGAAGGACAAGGAGUCCAAGAAGGACAAGAAGGACAAGGAGUCUGCGGAGCCCCAGAAGGCUGACGACGGUGCUUCCAAGUCCUUGAAGCGGAGCAAGCACGGCAUCUGGAUCGGCAACCUGCACUUCCGCACGCGCGAGGACGAGCUGGCCGAGUUCUUCGCCGAGUGUGGCAAGAUCACUCGCAUUCACCUGCCGAAGGACCCGGCCAAGGGCACCAACCGGGGCUUCGCCUAUGUGGACUUCGACACGGCGGAGGCCGUGCUCAAGGCCCGGAAGCUCAGCGAGUCGACCCUGGUCUUCCGGCGACGGAGCAAGCACGGCAUCUGGAUCGGCAACCUGCACUUCCGCACGCGCGAGGACGAGCUGGCCGAGUUCUUCGCCGAGUGUGGCAAGAUCACUCGCAUUCACCUGCCGAAGGACCCGGCCAAGGGCACCAACCGGGGCUUCGCCUAUGUGGACUUCGACACGGCGGAGGCCGUGCUCAAGGCCCGGAAGCUCAGCGAGUCGACCCUGGUCUUCCGGCGAGUGCUGAUCAAGGACGCGUCGGACUUCUCCAAGCAGGCGCCGGCCUCGGGCCCGAGCGGCCCGGCGGCCCUCCGCACGCAGAAGCGCCCCCGGUCGGAGGCCGAGGAGGCCUCCGGCGACGGGUCCGGCACCGGCGAGGACGCCGCCGGCCCGGUGGUGGACGAGCGCACGGCCAAGUACGGCGCCGUGGCCUCGCGCACGGACCUCCCCCAGACGACCUCGCUCUUUGUGGGGAAUCUCUCCUUCAGCACCACGGCCGACAUUUUGCGGAAUGUCUUCUCGCCGUUCGGCCAGCUGGAGGGCAUUCGAGUGAUGACCUUCGAGGAUACCGGCCGGUGCAAGGGCUUCGCCCUGGUGGACUAUGCGUCGCAGGAGGACGCGCAAAAGGCCUACGACGCGGCGGAGUCCCUCUUCAUCGAUGGCCGGUCGGUCCGUGUGGAGUAUGCCUCCUCGGAGGCCGUGCGCCGGGGGAAGCUCCACCACCGGGGCCAGCAGCUGGCCACCGAGUCGGGCCGCGUGAACAAGAAGCGCCGGGUCCGGGUGCGCGGUGGCAAGGAUGCGGCCGCGGGUGCGGCGGCCGGCCCCGAGGCCGACCGGCCUGCCGCUGCCCCGGUGCGCACCUUCUCCGAGAGUCGCUAUGCGGCCUUGGCGGCCAGCAGCAGCCAGACCGGCGGCGAGGACGCCGGCGAGCAGACCAACCGCAUCAAGGGCACUUUCGGCCCGGGCGGCAUCCCCCUGUCGCAGGGCACCAAGAUCACCUUCGACGAUUGA